UUUUUGUGUAACCCUUAGUGUUGCGUUCACGGUCGUGUGCGGGACUCGGAGGUCACUUGCGUGCUACGUGAACAUGGAAGUGUGACGUUUAGGGUCCUGUUAGCCAAGUAUCAAUGCCACCUUUGCUUGAAUGUAUAAAGGAAAGGUUGCGUUCAGGAUCCCGUUUUGUGAUUCAGAGGUUUACCAGGAAGAAUGGAAAGGCAUGCUAUGGAAGUCUGGUAGUGUGACGUUUAAUGUGACUCAGAGGUCUCUGGAGAAUCAUGACUAUACCAGCUUCCUGCAUCAUGGAUACAAACAAAUCUAACUUUCAUUUGUGUUCUUAAGAUAUAGAAAGGGAUAAUAAAAAGAGACAGCUAAGAAUGCACGUCAUGGGACACACCUAUAGGUGAUAAACGCACCACUCACAUUGUUAACUACAUUGGUAUCUAUCCAUUUUCUAUACCGCUUAUCCUCAUCGUUAUAAUUAUUCGGUGUAGUGACACCUGGCCACAGGCUAGCGACUAUCUUUAGCAAACACUGGCUCUCCAUGCCUCAGACGCUAGCCAAAAGGUAAAGCUACAUAUUGGAACUUUUUGUUUUGAUGCUAGAAGUUCCCACAAUACUAAGUAUGACAUGUUAUCAUCAAUGUACCUGUAACUACAUGCUCAUAGCAUAGAUGGAAAACCUUAUUGGAGCUCUUUGAAUAGGUGUGUCUCUUUAUGGCCAUUCAUGAGCUGCCUCUUUUUACCUGUUUUUAUAUCUUUAGAAUGCACAGGCAAGCGAAAGAUGUGUGUGUUCAUGUCUCAUUGUUUCCUUGAAUAUUUUCCAUGGCACUAAGAAAUAAUCUAUGAUAUAGCUAGACAUAAUAUAGCAUGUCCUUUAGCAUAGAUGUUUGCUAUAUUUUCUUGCUAAUAAAGUCAUCAUGUUAGAUUGAGCAGAAUUGGCAUUGAUAUGCGACUGAUGAAUUGUCUAUCGGGUCAUUUAAGUUGCCCCAGAUGCAUAUCGAUCGUGUCUUAGCUAAAAGCUUUCAAUGAGCAUGUAGCGUACGUUGAUGCUGACAGUGUUAUCCUGUAAGCAGGAGCCUGAUGGGCGAGGCUGCUGCUCUACUGUAUUAUACAGUAUGUCAGGCUCAGCUGGUCUGCUGCUGGCUGAUAAGAUGUCCACUCCCUGCUGUUGUCACAGCCCUCCAGCUGCAAAAGGAAAAAAAAAAAACAAAAACAUGGCUGAAUCAAACCAAAAUUGGCUUUGGCUUGCACAGAGGAAGGAACUUUCACUCUUGAAUUGGGAGUCAACUCUUGCUGGUUGUUCCAUUUCUUCAUCAAUACGCCUGUAUACUGUAUGUGUAUAUGAUGACACAUUAUCACCUAUACGCCUGUAUAUGUGUAUAUGAUGACACAUUAUCACCUAUACGCCUGUAUGUGAUGAUACGUUAUCACCUAUAUGCCUGUAUAUGUGUAUAUGAUGACAUGUUAUCACCUAUGCGCCUGUAUAUGUGUAUAUUAGGACAUUUGUAUCACAAUGACGGUGAUAUCCGCUUCCUCGUGGGACAAAAAGGAGUUCCCAACUAACCAAAUUGCUUGUUUGUCUUAAAAAGAAAAUGCAUCUUAUUUCUAUCCUUCCUGAUUGUGAAUCCCAGUUCCAGGACAUGUUGCUGUUCCUUCAUCCAUUCAGUAGUUAGACGCAGAGGAGCACAUCAAGUCUGUAGACGCAUCAUGCUUGACAUUCCAUCAGCUAGAGAAUGGGGUUGUGGGGGGUGGGGGAUAAUCAGGACAAAUCCCUAAAGGGGAAAGCUCUCCUCAGACUAUAAUCAGUCACUCUGGAAUUUGGCUAUUUCCUCCAGACUGGCUGCAGCAAGUGUAACGCUAACAAACAAAAACAUGUACUGAUUCAAAACUCAACCCCUUCUGGAUGACGCUUUGCAUUGACCCCUCCCCCACUGAAGCACCGCUGAUAACAAUUAGACGUGUAUGCUGGAGAUACUGGCCCGUGUGGACCCUGACGAUGCCAAAGGGAGAUUACUUGAUGGACAAUCACUGGUUGGUCAGCACAUGUGGCCUUCUCGCGUACCGUCCCACCCCAUGGCGCCACCCAGUCCAAGUAGCAGCAGCAGCAGUAGCAGCAGCACGGCGGGCUGGGAGCAACUCAGCAAAACCAACUUGUACAUCAGAGGGUUGUCCCCAGCAACAACUGACCAUGACCUGGUCAGCCUCUGUCAGCCGUAUGGUAAAAUUGUAUCAACAAAGGCCAUCCUGGACAAGGCUACUAACAAAUGCAAAGGAUACGGCUUUGUGGACUUUGAUAGCCCCACUGCAGCUCAGAAAGCUGUUACUGCCCUGAAGACCAGCGGCGUUCAAGCUCAGAUGGCAAAGCAACAAGAACAAGAUCCCACCAACCUGUACAUCUCCAACCUUCCCCCGUCUAUGGAUGAGCAGGAGCUAGAGAACAUGCUCAAGAACUUUGGCCAAGUCGUAUCCACACGGAUUUUGAGGGAUUCCAGUGGAGCGAGCAGAGGAGUGGGUUUUGCCAGGAUGGAGUCGACAGAAAAAUGUGACACGGUCAUUUCUCACUUCAAUGGCAAGUUUAUGAAGACGCCUGCUGGUGUACCAGCACCAUCUGAACCUUUGCUUUGCAAGUUUGCUGACGGUGGACAGAAAAAGAGACAAAGCCAAAACAAAUUUGUUUCAAAUGGACGUGGCUGGCCAAGAAAUGCAAACACCAGACUGGCUGGAAUGGCACUCGCGUAUGAGCCCAGUGUAGCUGCCAUGCAAAAUGGAUUCUUCCCACCACCAGCAUACAGCGUUUCAAACAGGAUGAUUGCUCAGACGUCCAUGUCGCCGUACGUGUCUGCCGUUUCAGCAUACCAGGUGCAGAACCCAUCCUGGAUGCCUCAUCACCCUUACAUCAUGCAGCACCCUGGUGCCGUCAUAUCGCCCUCUAUGGAGCCGUCAUUGCCAGUGCAGCCCGCUUCCCUGAUGGCUCCCCUGACACAGCACAUGAAUCAGCUGUCUCUGGCCGGCGCAGGAGCGUUCAUGGCCGCCAACACGCCAGUUCCCGGUGCUUAUGUUCCUCAGUAUACACACGUGCAGACAGCGGCUGUACCUGGGGAAGAAAAUGCCCUGGCAUCACAGUUGGAUACAUCUGGCAACCCUUCAGCGUAUCCCUACCAUCAAAGCAAGUAGCAGCCAUCAGCGUUUGAAACCAGCACUGAAGCAAGGAACGCUACGCUAUUCAUUCUUCACUGUUGGAAUGGUUUUCAAAGAAUCCUUAUUCAAUGCGAGGAACGGCUUUUUAAAAAGUUUAUUUUCAUACGACAAAACUUGUAUUUCUUACCAAAGAUGACAGCAAAUACGUGAGAAAGACAUGCAUGGUGAUUUUAUUUGUUCUCUCCAGCCAGAUAUGGCAGAUAUGGCAAAGAGUGUGUUUGUGCUUGCUGUGCGAGUGUUGCCGUGGCAGUCUUUUGUGUUUUUUUUCCCAUCGUGCUUUAGAACAGGAGUUCUCAACGUUUUUGACGUUUUGGCACGAUUUUUUUCAAUGCAGAGUGGCCCGGAGCCCAUUAAAUAUUAUCACUGUAUAGAUUUAAUUGACCUCAAUUUAUUUUCAAUAAUAAAUCAAAUCCACUCACAGAUUAACAAGCUAAAACCAUAUGUUGCUUUUUCCUCCAUUUACAAAACCGUACUUGAUGAAGUCAGGAUUGUACUUACGUAAAAAUGUUGUCUUUUGGGAGGGACUGGCACCACUUUUGUCUUCAUUUUUUCAAAUUUUUAAAAACCGUAUCCAUUGCUAGUUGCAGUUGAAUGUCUUCUUCUGAUCUUCUGUGAGCUUGUUAAACAACUGACUGACACACUACCGCCACCAUGUGGUCGGAAGCUGCACUGUAACUGAACGUCUAAUGGAUAACAUGUAGUAGCACAGCGGCUAGCCUACCUCUGAUAACCGACUAAGCAGUCCAAUGGCCCUUGUGGCCCACUGGUGCAAAACUAAAGUUUUUUUCGGUCCUAUAGGUGGCGCUAGAGGCCCAAGUUUAGGCCGCGGCCUUAUGGUUAAGAAUCACUGCUUUAAAAGGACAUUAUAUUUAACUCCAGCUUGCUUUAAAGGAGAAGUACACUUUUUUUUACCCAUCAGCCACAAUCCUUAUGUGAGACAGGAACACUGGAACUCUUUUCUGUGCCUUCAAAAGAUAUCAAAAAGUCUAGAAAUCUUUCUUAAAAACCUCCAUAUGAAUGCAUAUGAAGCACAUUGUUGUUAUUCUUCUGAACAUUCAUUACACACCAGUACUACCUAGCCACAGGCUCGCGGCUAGCUUCAGCACACAGUGGCUCACCAUGGAACUGGCGCUAGCCUUACUUUCCAUGUUGCUAUAUUGACAUCCAUGCACACAGGAUGUAUGUUAUACUAAAUACUACAAUGUUAGCAUCAAUGUACUUGUUACUACAUCCUCACUGCAUGGAUAGAGAACCUUGGUGGAGGGUCUUGUAGUCCGAAUAGGUGUUAGCACCUUCAUGCUAAGUGUUUUGAUACCUUGGAGAAGGCACAGAAAAGGGUAAAAUGGUAAAAAAAAAAAAAAAAUGCACUUUCCUUGAAGACCACCAGCGAUUGUUUGGAAGAGCACAAAUGAGCUGAUGUUUUGGCUUCACCCCACUGACUAAUAGUAAAGUAGAUCAUUCCCUAUACGCUGACUAGGAUGGGAUAUUUAUUGAGAAAAAACAGCCUGGAUGUUUUUGGAGAUUGAAAAGUUUUGCUACAAGAUGUUUUGCUAACCUGCUAGCAUACGGUGGUGGUUCUGCAAAGAUGCUUUUUGUUUUGAUGACGGUGAGUCCUUGUCACCGUUAUUGUGCGAGGUGAGAGGAAGACGUGGAUGUGGAGCUGUGCGUUGCAUCGGCAAAGAUGAAGGAGCGCCGUGUAGAGUAUUUUCCAGUGACCUUGCAGCUAAUGACCUUCUUGACCAGCUGACCUUGGCCUUCUGUUGUUUCAGCCCAGAUAUCUACCUCAGUGUUUGGUUGUAGACCGACUUUGUGCAUCCGCCCAUUCCCUCCAGGUGUUUUUUUUUCAUGCAUACAUUUUGUACAGUGUGAUGUUUUCAUGGUUCUUGUAGUGGUGUCCAGCGGAUCUGUGUUGGUCUAAGAAAGAGUCCAUCAAGCAGCAGCGUUAGGGUGUUUAGUUACUGAAUUGAUGCUGAGGCUUUUGUGUCACGCCACGUGAUGUGGGUCAUAGAAGAAUUAACCAUCAUGUUGAAGAGGAGCGUACAGAGCUGAAGGCAGCUUCUCAUGUCUUCUUUCUUUGAUUAUGUUACAGACAAACUGGUUCCCUGUACAAUGCUGCCUCAGGUUUCUUCUUUCAUUUCAUUCUUCUGUUUUUUCAAUAAAAAAGGUGUUUCAAUCUGUAUGCUUGUGUUGU